AUGGACCUGACAAAGCAGGCUCGUCUUCGCAACCCGGACGACUUCCCGACCCUCCAGCUCUUUCUCCUUGCCAUUGUUCGCCUUGCCGAACCAAUCGCUCUCACCUCCAUCUUUCCCUAUGCCUGGCCUCUGGUCAAGAGAUUCAAGAUUGGAAACGAGGAAGAUGCCUCCUUCUACUCAGGCCUUCUCAUCUCUUCCUUCUCCCUCGCCGAGGCCCUCAUGGGCAUGUACUGGGGCGGCUUGUCUGAUCGCGUCGGCCGCAAGCCUGUCCUCAUCCUCGGCUGCGUGGGCACCAUGCUUAGUAUGAUCAUGGUGGGAUUCGCUUCCAACAUCUGGAUUGCUCUGGCCGGACGCGCCAUCGGAGGUUUUCUCAACGGCAACAUUGGCGUCAUUCAGACCAUGGUUGGUGAGCUCGUCACCAAGCCCGAGCAUGAACCGAAAGCAUUCUCCGUCAUGCCCUUCGUCUGGAGCAUUGGAACCAUCAUCGGUCCUUGCAUUGGCGGAACUUUUGCCGACCCUCACGAAUCCUGGCCCGAUGCCUUCCCCGUGGGCUCUCUGUUCGAGCGAUACCCCUAUCUGUUGCCCAACCUUGUCUGCGCCGCUCUUCUGUUCAUGAGCAUCGUCAUGGGCAUCUUCCUGUUGGAAGAGACUCACCCCGACAUGAAGCCUCGAGUUCUUCUGCCCGCCGACACCUACCUCUCUGAAGAGACGCCGCUGCUGGAGACUUCAGACGCCAUGAAGCGCCCGGCGGUGGAUCUGCGCGACGAGACCUACGGAACGAUUCGGGCCAACGGCAGCAGGAACAGCGGCGAGGAAUGCUCCGACCGCAGCUCGAGCGAGGCAGCAGCCGAAAAGACGAAGCCCGCCUCGAUCUGGAACCAGCGCAUCGUCGGCUUUAUCGUCUCGCUGUGCAUCUUCACCUACCACUCGAUGACCUACGACCACCUCAUGCCCAUCUUCUUUGAAGAUGACCGAGUCUCGGUAAAUACUCUCUCCAAAUUUGGUGCUUUUUCGCCCUUUUACUCUCCCGGAGGCCUGGGCCUGUCUCUGCGAGAGGUCGGAAUGAUCAUGGCUGUCAACGGAGCCAUCGCUCUGUUUGUGCAGGCCGUCAUCUUCCCCCUGGCAGCCGAGAAGAUUGGUGUUUACCGCCUGUUUCUCCUUGUCACAGUGCUGCACCCCAUCGCCUACGCCAUUGUCCCCUUUCUCCUUUACGUUCCCGAAUCCAUCCUCUUCCCCGCCAUCUACUUCUGCCUUGCGGUACGCAACCUCCUCUCCAUCACUCUCUACCCUCUCCUCCUGAUCCUGAUCAAAGGGGCCACCCCUUCUGCGAGUGCCCUGGGCAAGGUCAACGGCUUGGCCGCCAGCGCUGGCGCCGCCUGCCGCAUGAUUGCGCCACCGAUCGCAGGCUACCUCUACACACUCGGCAGUCAGGUCGAUUGCACCGCCUUGCCGUGGUACUGCAGCGCUCUGGUUGCCGUUAUCGGCGCCGUGCAAUGCUUCUCCGUCCCCCGAGAUCAUAACUGCCAGCGAUCCGAGGAUGACCCCGAGGAUCUCUCAACCGCCAGGCCCACUGAAGUUUCAGUCGAGGUUGUCGAGAUUUGAAGAAACACAAAGAGACAAUCAUAAAAUGAUGCUUUGAGCAAAGAAAGAAGACACAAGAAUGAUUGAACGGCAUCCUUGUAAUAGGAGCCGUUUCACGAAGACACCACCUGCAAGUUGCAGUGGUGGAAAAGUUAAUCAUGAUGCACAGGUCUACGCGCGAUACAACGGCAUUUUGGUUACGGAACGAGGUUCAGAUGGUCUAUAUACCCGAUGAUUCCUGUCUGCGUUGGUCGGUAUUGCUUAUGGUUUACAACUUUGGAAUGGGUCAAAGGAUGUACAAUCGGCGCACAUAAACUGUGUAUUUCGGCGUUUGGGGGGAACCGGAAAAGUGUAUGCUUAUACUACUAGGCAGUAUUUUAUCUCUCUCUCGUCCUCAUAAAAUGAAGAGGACUAGAUAGCAUUAGAGACUAGACGAUAUAGUU